AUGGGGCUGCGAGACAUGCUCAAGAAGAAGGACGGGCUCAACGAGGGAGCCAGCGGGCGGCACGCAGAGACGCUCGACAGGCUCAACGCCGGGCCCGAGUUCACCUUUAUCCGGUCCGACACGCACACCCAGGAGAUCAUCCAGCCGCCGUCACACCCAGCCGGGGAAGGGUCGUCGUCACGCCUGGCCGCGGGCAAGGAGCCGAACCUCGCCCGCCGCAGCCUCGACGUGUUCCGCAGCGGCGGGUCGCGGUCGCGGAGCAACAGCGCGUCCAAGGGGAGCGACGACGUGCGGCACUCGCUGCAGCAGCCCGCCGCAGACCCGGCGUCGAGCCGCCGGCUGUCCCAGCGGCUGCACCUCUCGCGGUCCCCUGCCUCGUCCGACUACGUGCCGCAGAACCUGCCCGCGAUCAAUGUCGUCGCGGCCAGUGGCGACGUCGAGAGCGAGUCACAAUGGGAGAACCGGGCGACCAUUCUAGCCCAAGCCAACGAGGAGCGGCGCAAGAGUCCGGAGGAGCAGCACCAGCAGCAGCGGGACGGGGGUGCUCCCUCACCACAAGCGCCGCCCGGGUCGAAACCAGGGACCAUCUCCAAGGCCACGGACGACGAGCUGCAAGAGGCCAUCAGGUUACACGAGGAAGGCGAGCUGGAGCAGUCGACGGCAGCGUUUGGGCGGCUCGCGAACCCCAACGGGGCGAACAACCCGCUGAGCCAGGUGCUCUACGGUCUGGCGCUGAGGCACGGCUGGGGCUGCGAGCCGAACCCGGAGCGCGCCGUGUCGUACCUGUCGGCGGCGGCGUCCAACGCCGCGACGGUGGAGAACCUGGCGCUACAGGCUGGUAUGAAAAAGGGCGGUGCGGCCAAGGGCGAGCUCGUGCUGGCCAUCUUUGAGCUGGCAAACUGCUUCCGCCACGGCUGGGGCAUACCGCGGGAUCCUGUAGCGGCGAAGCAGUACUACGAAACGGCGGCAAACCUUGGAGACAGUGAUGCUAUGAAUGAGGUUGCAUGGUGCUAUCUAGAGGGCUUUGGGUGCAAGAAAGACAAGUAUGCGGCAGCGCGGUACUACCGAUUGGCAGAGGAGAACGGCAACAAGACACUGGGCAACAGCUGGAUCUGGAAAGACAAAUACGCGCCCGAGAACGCCGGCAAGAAGAAGUAG